AUGGCUUGGAGUAUAUCAGAGCAGCGGCAACGUAGAGCUAUUUUAUCUCGUUAUGCUCACUUGUUUCUCAUUAUAUCGAUUUAUAAUGCAUCCGCACAGGGAUCUGGACACUUGGGAUUAACCUAUGGAUUAAGAUCUGAACUUUCAGAGGACGCCAUUCUCGUUGCCAAUAAUGGAAUACGGGUUCCCUUUGGCAGAUCUGUCUAUAUAGAUCCGAUCAACGAUCUGGUGAUACAAGUUCAAACCGGAGACAAGUGCAUCAUAACAGUUCUGGAUAACGAUCCACUGUCGCAUAGACCCGGACAGCUGUCCCCCAAAAAGUUUCCUUGUGAAUUUGGUCCCAACGAUGUUAAAUACUCGCAUUUCGGAUCUAGGAGCCCCUCAAAAGACAGAGUGAAACUUCAGAUGAGAUAUGAUACACUGACUGAAACAGUCAUCAUCCCUUUUAUGAUGGAAGUGGAGGUGAUCUUCACACAGUUUGAGAUUCUCACCAAACAAAUGCAUCUGCUUGUGGAGAAGCUGCUUGGGAUGAGUAAUCCUAUUGAUCAGAAAAUCCUGGAGUUUAGCUAUGAUAGAAAUGCUCAUGUGUGUAAAGUUGCAUCUCUAGCCAGUGGCAGCUCUUUGCCCAGGUAUGGAAAGCUGAUUGAUGAUGGUACAUUAGUGAAACCUCUGGACUGUGACGAAUUUGUCAGGAUGAACAUACGCUAUCAGCACACUUUUGCACAUCGCUCUCCAAACCGAGAUUAUAUUCCUAUGAAUUUAGAAUUACAAGACAAAGAGGCAAAUGUUAUAAAGCAAGAGUUUUUCCAAAUUGUGGUCCUUAUAAAAGAGGGUGAGGAAAACACUGCUCCUAAACCGAGUUUUGUUGCGAUGAUGAUGAUUGAGGUUGACCAGUUUGUGAUGACAGCUAUAACCCACGACAUGCUUGCAGCUGAGGAUAUUGAAUCAAAUCCAGAUCACUUAAUCUUUAACAUCACUUCUCCACUGUCUUUUGAGGAAGGUUACAUUGUAAGCACAGAUGACAGGAAUUUGCCCAUCACAUCUUUUUAUCAAGGAGACCUAAAAGAUCUGAAAAUAGCCUACAAGCCUCCCUCUUUGGAUUCAGAUGCUGAGAGAAUUUUUCAAAUCGAGUUUGAAGUUGUAGAUACAGAGGGGGCUGUAUCGGACCCCUUUGCUUUUAUGAUAGUGGUCAAGCCAAUGAACACUGUCGGACCAGUUGUGACUCGUAACACUGGGCAGCUGCUCUAUGAGGGUCAGUCAAGGCUGCUGUCCAGUUUACAAAACCUGCAGAUUAGCGACGAGGACAAUUUAGACAACGUCCAAAUCACGGUUAUUAACGGGCUGCACCAUGGUGAGCUCACAGUACUGGGGUCGAGGCAAAAAUACUUUACGCCAGCAGAUCUCGAUGUAGGCAGUGUCAUCUACCAGCAUGAUGGCAGUGAUACGUAUAGCGACAAUAUAAUUUUUAGGAUGACUGAUGGCAAACAUGAAGUCGAGUUUCUGUAUCCCAUUACCGUGGUCCCAACUGAUGACGAGCCACCUAUAAUCAAUGCCAACACAGGUUUAGUCUUGUUCAAAAACCAAAUGAUGCCCAUUUCACCUUUAAUGCUUAGUGCGGCAGACAUAGACUCUGAAGAUUCAACUAUUAAAUUCAUAAUGGUGCCUUCCUACUCUACAAUUGGAGAAGUAAUGCUACGUCAAUCAGAUGCACCUGAGGAUCCUUCCACGUGGAGGUUCAAUGCAGAUGAUGAAAUGUAUGAGAAAGCAGUGACAGAAUGGUUCCAACAAGACAUCACAGAAGGGAAGCUAUUUUACAGGUAUAUUGGACCACAUAAUACAAAAACCAUCAUGGAUCAGUUUGUUUUCCAUGUGCAAGAUGACAAUGACCCUCCAAACCAAUCAGGUGAGAGUUUGUUUAUCAUCAAAGUUCUGCCCAUUGAUGAUAUUCCUCCAGAGCUGUACCCCGGCACCACUCUGCAAGUUACUGUUCAUGAGUACCAGCUCACUUUCUUUCAAAAUAAAUUAUUGCGCUACACUGACUUAGAUUCGGAGGAUAGGGAUUUGAAGUACAUCAUAACCCAGCCACCCACAGACACAGAUGAAAACAACCCAGGUAUUCUGGGAACAAUUGUUUUGACUGAAAGCCCAGAAACAGAGGUCACAGAGUUCACUCAGGCACAGAUUAAUCAUCACAAGAUAGCAUACAAGCCUCCUGAUCUUGAGCUUGGGAUAACACCACAUGUGGUGCAGUUCCAAUACAAAGUUGAAGACACUGCAGGAAACAGUGUUGAUGGAGUUUUCACCAUAUUUUUGCAGCCUGUCGACAACAAGCCUCCCCAGAUCACCAACACUGGUUUCACCGUGCAAGAGCGAGGGACGCAUGUCAUCAUGUGUGCUGAGUUGGACACCACAGAUGCCGACACUGACAGUGCACGAAUACUGUUUACAAUCAUCCAGCCACCAAAGCAUGGUCAGAUCAAGUAUACAUUCACCGAUAUGACAAAAGGGCAUUCGUUCAACCUGGUUGAUAUAUCCAAUAGCAGAAUAUCUUAUGUUCACAAUGGAGCUGAGUCAACCAGCGAUUUCUUCCAACUGGAUGUCAGUGAUGGUGUCCAUGUUGUCACAAUCACGGUAAAGAUCAACGUUAAGCCUAUUGAUGAUGAAGCUCCAACUAUCAGUCUUCCCAAUGGCACUAUUGGUUCUUACAUUGAUGUUUUGGAGAAUGGAGCCACUGAAAUCACCACCAAUGUCAUUCAGGGUCAAGAUGAGGACAUCAGACUGACCUUUAUAGUGGAGGAUCCCCCAGUGUUUGGUGAAAUAUUAGUGAAUGGCUUGCCAUCCAAUAGGUUCACUCAAGCAGACAUCAUUAGUGGCUUGGUGGUAUAUGCACACACUAGUGGAGAAAUCGGCUGGACAAUGAAAAACGACUUCUUUAAUCUGACGCUCACUGAUAUGUCUGAUGAAUUGACUGUGGGUGGCAAUAAAAUCAAAGGGGUUCAAGUGCAGGUCACCAUUCUACCAUUGGACAGUCAGGCCCCUGAGGUCUUUGUUGGCCCCCCAUUUAGUGUCAUAGAGGGUGAGAAGAACUUGAUUGAAAUUUUGCACAUUAGUGCUAAUGACAUUGACACCCCUAAUGAUGACCUUCUUUGCACAAUCAUCAUGCAGCCCACCUCUGGCUACAUAGAAAAUAUCUCCCCAGCACCAGGCUCUGAGAAAUCCAGAUCUGGGAUUGCCAUUAGCGCUUUCACCAUUAAAGACAUUAGGGAAAAUCACAUUAGUUAUGUGCAAAGUAUCCAUAAAGGUGUGGAGCCAGUUGAGGACAGGUUUACUUUCAGGUGUUCAGAUGGGAUAAACUUUUCCGAGAGGCACUUUUUCCCAAUCGUGAUCAUCCCAUCCAACGAUGAAAAGCCAGAGAUUAAUAUGAGAGAGUUUGUUGUGAUGGAAGGCAUGGACAUUGUGAUUGACACCCCGAUAUUAAAUGGUGCUGAUGCGGAUAUUCCAGUGGAUGAGCUCACGUUUAUUAUAUCAAAACCUCCAAAACACGGAUAUAUUUUCAACCAGUUAACUUCUGGCACCAUUCCUGUGACUAACUUCACUCUUGAUCAGAUUCGAGAAGCUUCGGGUAUUGUUUACGAGCAUGAUAAUUCUGAAACCACAGAGGACAGUUUUGAAAUUCUUCUAACUGAUGGGAAGUUCACAGUGGAUAAAACUGUUAUGAUUAUGGUCAUUUUAGUUGAUGAUGAAGCACCAAGGAUGGUAAUUAAUGAUGGCCUCGAAAUAGAAGUUGGAGAAGUGAAAAUAAUUAACAACAAAAUGUUGAAAGCCACUGAUCUGGAUACAGAAGACAGCACUCUAAAUUACAUCAUCCGUUAUGGUCCCAAUCAAGGAAUUUUACAAAAGAGAACACCAUUUGGAUUGCUAGAAAACAUAACCAAUGGAAUGAACUUCACACAAAGUGAGGUGGACCAAGAUAUGAUCAUAUACAUUCAUAAUGGACAAGAGGGAGUUCAUGACCUCAUUAAAUUUGAUGUCACUGAUGGUAUCAAUCCUCUGAUUGACAGAUACUUCUAUGUUACUGUCGGUGGAAUAGACAUGGUGUUCCCUGAUGUGAUCAGUAAAGGUGUUUCUCUUAAAGAAGGGGGGCGGGUGACCCUAACAACAGACCUUCUCAGCACCAGUGAUCACAACAGCCCUGAUGAGCACCUGGUCUUCACCAUUACCCGUGCUCCUAUGAGAGGCCACCUGGAGUGCACUGAUACACCAGGAAUGCCCAUUAGUUCUUUCACUCAGCUUCAGCUUGCUGGCAAUAAGAUCUACUACAUCCAUACUUCUGACGACGAGGUCAAGAUGGACAGUUUUGAGUUUGAGGUGACGGAUGGUUACAACCCAGUUUACCGCACCUUUCAUGUAUCAAUAACAGGUACAGACAACAAAAAGCCUGUGGUCACCAUUCACGGCCUGGUCAUUAAUGAAGCUGAAAAUAAGUUAAUCACUCCUUUUGAGUUGACGGUAGAGGACCGUGAUACAGUCGACCAGCUUUUAAAGUUCACAAUCACCCAGAUGCCUAUUCACGGCAAGUUGCUCUUCAACAAUACCCGGCCUGUCACUUCCUUCACCAAGCUGGACCUGAAUGAGAAUCUGAUCAGCUACAAGCACGAUGGGACCGAGUCUGCCUCGGACAGCUUCUCGUUUACUGUUACUGAUGGAACUCACACAGACUUUUAUGUGUUCCCUGACACAAUUCAUGCUACUCACAAGCCCCAGAUGAUGAAAAUCACAAUUCUUUCUGUGGACAAUGGAGUUCCUCAGGUUGUAACUAGCAAGGGUGGUACAACUUUGAGAAUUCUCCCCACUGGUCACCUUGGGUUCCUGAUCACCAGUAAAACUUUGAAGGCAGUGGACAGAGAUAGCCCUCAAAGAGCAGUGACUUUUAAAGUAACUGUGGGAGCAGAGCAUGGAUUCCUCAUUGACUUGGGAAAAGGCAAUGCCACAAUCACCACAUUCACUCAAGCUGACAUCGAUAACAUGCAUAUUUGCUACGUGCUUCGAGACGGAGACAACGCCACAAGCGACAUAUUCUACUUUUCCAUUGAAGACAGCGGGGGCAACAAGCUGAAGAACCAACAGUUCCGGCUAAACUGGGCUUGGAUUUCUCUGGCAAAAGAGUUCUACAUGGUGGAUGAAGAGGCCAAGUUUCUGGAGGUGGUUUUGAGACGGAGAGGCUACCUUGGCGAGACUUCAUUUGUUAGUAUUGGCACCAAAGAUGGCACAGCACAGAAAGACAAAGAUUUCCGAGGGAAGGCUCAGAAACAAGUCCAGUUUAACCCGGGGCAGAGUAGUGCUACCUGGAAGGUGCGCAUCUUGUCGGACAGCUUUUAUGAGCAGGCGGAGACCUUCCAGAUUGUUCUCACAGAGCCUGUCAUGGGGGCACUGGAGUUCCCAGAGGCAGCAACAGUGGAAAUUGUUGACCCUGAAGAUGAAUCGACUGUGUACAUCCCUUCAGCUACGCACUCUAUUGAGGAAGAUAUUGGAGAACUUCUGAUUCCUGUGCAAAGGUCUGGAGAUGUCAGUCAGGAAUUCAUGGUUGUCUGCUUCACACAACAAGGUACAGCCAAGGGCACGGCCCUCACCACGGUGCGCUCCUAUUCUGACUACAUUUCCCGACCAGAGGAACACCACAGCGUGCUGCGUUUCGAUAAGGGCGAGUCUGAGAAGCUGUGCCGCGUGGUCGUCAUCGAUGACUCGCUCUACGAGCCAGAGGAAAGCUUUAAUGUCACCCUUAGCAUGCCCAUGGGUGGCCGACUUGGUCAGGUGUUUCCCACUACCAGAGUCACAAUUCUCCCUGAUGCAGAUGAUGCACCAGUCUUCUAUUUUGGUGGGACUGAAUACCACGUGGAUGAGAGUGAUGGAUAUGUUGAAGUUCGGGUCUGGAGAACAGGAAGUGACCUCUCCAAAACCGGAACAGUCACAGUGCGGUCUCGAAAAAUGGACCCUGUUUCAGCCGAAGCUGGUGUGGACUACGUUGGUAUUAUUAAGAAUCUGGACUUUUCCCCGGGUAUUAACAUGCAGACGUUCAAGGUCACAAUCCUGGAUGACUUGGGACAGCCGGUGCAGGAGGGGCCAGAGAAAUUUGAGUUGGUUCUCCGUAUGCCCAUGAAUGGCAUAUUGGGAGAACCAGGAAAGGCUACUAUCUACAUCAAUGACUCUGUCUCAGAUUUGCCCAAGGUGCAAUUCCGAGAUCCAACAUACACAGGUGACGAGAAGGAUGGCCAGAUAUCUGCUAUUGUGUACCGUAGUGGAGAUCUGAGCUACAAGUCCAGCGUACGGUGCUACAGUUGCCAGGGCUCGGCCCAAGUCAUGAUGGACUUCAAUGAGAGGCCAAACACAGACAUUUCCACCAUUGUCUUUUUACCAGGAGAGGUGGAGAAGCCUUGUGUUCUCAUCCUUGUGGAUGACACUGAACAUGAGGAAGAUGAGGAGCUCAGACUGAUGCUGGGAAGCCCCAAGAGUGAGUCUUCAUUCGGGGCAUCUAUAGGGGCUCAGAAUGAGACACUCAUCAAGAUUAAGGAUGAUGCUGACAAAGCAAUUAUCAGGUUUGGAGCAACCAAGUUCAGUGUCAGUGAACCCAGUGAGUCUGGACAACUGUCAGUGGUGAGGAUCCCAGUGCAGAGGGUUGGAGACACAUCUAAAGUAUCUGUAGUUCGGGUUCACACCAAGGAUGGCUCGGCUUCGUCUGGAGAAGAUUACCACCCUAUCUCAGAAGAUGUUGUGUUUAAAGAGGGAGAGACAGAGCACAUUGCGGAGGUGGAAAUUUUAUAUGAUGGUGUGCGAGAGAUGAGAGAGGCCUUCACUGUCCAUCUGAAACCCGAUGAGAACAUGGUAGCAGAGAUCCAGGUGACCAAAGCCAUCAUCUACAUUGAGGAGACCAACAGUAUGGCCGACGUGACCUUCCCCUCUGUGCCAGUGUUAGUGUCUCUGUUGCAGUACGAUGAUACAGGCAGCACUAGAGACACUCAGCCAAUCGCAGGAUAUCCUAUAGUCUGUGUCACGUCAUGCAACUCUAAGUAUCCUGACUUUGACCGGACGGGCUCCAUUUGUGUUGCUGAGAACAUCAACAACACACUGACCCGCUACCGCUGGCUAGUCAGUGCCCCCACAGGACCUGAUGGUGUCACCAGUCCCAUGAAGGAAGUGGACUUUGAUACAUUCUUUACAUCCUCCAAAAUGAUCACUCUAGACUCAGUGUAUUUCCAGGCAGGCUCACGGGUACAGUGUGCAGCUCGGGCUGCCAACUCCAAUGGGGAUGAAGGCCUGGAGCUCACCAGCCCCAUAGUCUCCAUCAGCCUAGACGAGGGUAUGUGCCAGCCUCAGGUUGUUGGCACAAUUGGAGCUGAACCUUUCUCUGCCAGGCUGCGCUACACAGGGGCUGAAGAUCCAGAGCAUUCCAACCUCGUUAAACUAACUGUCACCAUGCCCCAUAUAGAUGGUAUGCUACCUGUAGUCUCCACUCGACCUCUCACCAACUUUGAGCUGACCUUGAGUCCAGACGGAACGCGUGUUGGAAAUCAUCGCUGCUCUAACCUGUUAGACUACAUGGAAGUCCGAACACGCUACGGCUUCAUCACAGACGCCACACGCAACCCAGAUGCCAUCGAUGAGACCGCACCCUACCAACACAGCGCAGUCCUUAGGGGCCAGAGCACCCUACGAUUCUACCGAAACCUGCAUCUGGAGGCAUGCUUGUGGGAGUUUGUCAGUUACUAUGACAUGUCUGAACUGCUCAACGAUUGUGGAGGGACCAUUGGGACGGAUGGACAGGUUCUGAACCUGGUACAGUCUUAUGUGACGCUCCGUGUGCCACUACAUGUGUCAUAUGUGUUCCAUUCACCCGUUGGUACUGGUGGGUGGCAGCACUUCGACCUACAGUCUGAGCUGCGUCUCACCUUCGUGUAUGACACUGCCAUCUUGUGGAGAAAUGGCAUUGGUAGUCCACCAGAGGCAGAAUUACAAGGGGCCCUCUAUCCUACAAGCAUGCGCAUCAACGAACAUGGCCGUUUGGUUGUCAACUUCCGUACAGAAGCACGUUUCCAAGGACUUUUUGUCACAGCUCACUCAGCCACCCCUCUGACAUCCAUGGUCAUGUGUGCGGACCACCCUGGGCUGAUCUUUAACCUUAGUUUGGUGAGAAGUGAGCCCACAUACAACCAGCCCAUGCAACAGUGGACCUUCAUCUCUGACUUUGCUGUAAGAGAUUACUCCGGCACCUACACAGUGAAAUUGGUUCCCUGCACGGCUCCUCCCAGUAUAGAGUACACUUUCCGUCCUGUGUGCCAUCCCAGAGAGCCAAUCACCUUUGACCUGGACAUACGUUUCCAGCAGGUGAGUGACCCAGUGGCAGCCGAGUUCAGUCUUAAUACACAGAUGAUCCUGCUUUCAAAGAGGACUCUCUGGUUGUCCGAUGGCUCUAUGGGUUUUGGCCAAGAAAGUGAAACUGCUUUCUCAGAGGGAGAUAUCAUCUAUGGCCGUGUAAUGGUUGAUCCUGUGCAGAAUCUUGGAGACUCAUUUAUCUGUAAUAUCGAGAAGGUCUUUCUCUGUACAGGGGUGGAUGGGUACAUUCCAAAGUACAGCCCUGACAACUUUGAAUAUGGCUGUCUAGCUGACUCACCAUCUCUUUUGUACAGAUUCAAGAUCAUUGACAAAGCUCAGCCAGAGACUCAGGCGAGAAUAUUUGGUAGCAUUAGUUUCAAUGCUUUCCUUGCUGUAGAUGAUCCUCAGGCACUUGUCUUGGUGAGGCAGCCAGGCUCUGAUGGCUUUAGGCUUGAUUCCACUGCUUUGUUUCAGGUAUCAGCGGGACGGGAGUGGUACAUUCACACCAUUUACACAGUCCGUUCCAGAGACAAUGCUAACAGAGGUAUUGGGAAAAGGAGCUUAGAGUACCAUGUUGUGACAAACACCAAUACCUCAAUUUCCACCAGACAGUCACGCAACAGAAGGUCAGCAAAUGCCGUUCUAGAUUUGGCUCAGGAAAUUGGUGCUGAGAAUAGCCGUGGCACAAACAUCUUGCAUAUUGCACUGGACCGCAGCACUCAAAAACAUCCCAACCUUAAAAAGGAACCCCAAGAUGAGGGGAUUGUACCCAGAGAACUGAACCACGGAGAAACAAGUGACGAUCACCUUGUAAUAAUCAUAGAAAUCUUGGUCGGACUUCUCUUUACCAUACUUCUUAUUGUUCUCGCCAUUUUGGUUGUGCGAUCUAGGAAGGAGAAGAAUGUUACUGAGCCCCCCAAAGGCUCCAAUAACACAGAGCCUAUGAGGAUGCAAGUUCUCGAUAGCAACGACAGUUCUGAGGUUUAACAUUUUUUUUAUUUUUUCUUAUUUUUUUUUACCUUCUUGUGGACUUUCUUAUUCAAAUUAUUUUUUGUUUGCAAGUGCCUCUUGUUCAUUUACUUGGGCACAUAAAAGACACAUGGUGACAGAGUGGUUACGCUCUACCUCUUCUUGGGAUUUUGUCAUUCCAAAAGUGUACUUGAAAUGAAUAAGCACUUCUGUUGUCACUGCUGAUAAUAAUAGUUUGAAGUCAAAGUUUUGUCGAUAAAGAGAAACUUUUGCAAAGAGAGAGUUUGUUGUAUAGUUCUGCUUUGAUUAUGGUAUUCAUCCAAAUGAGAGAUUUACUUUUUAUCCAAAGGUGCUAGUUGAAAGAAUGGUAUUGCUGAAAAGAUGAUAUUGUAUAAAUACAGAUUGUUUUCCGUAACUAAAGAUUGUUAAUGGCUUAUUAAUACUAUAAGGCUGAAAGAAUCAGAUUGUAUUAUAUUACUGGAUGGAUGAUCCAUGGGGCAAUUGUUCUUUUUCUAUUUUUACAUUAUUUUUUCCACUGCUAAUGGUUCUACUUUGCAAAUGCAAAAGAUAUGUACUGUAAUACAAUAACUAACGUUGAACUAGUGUGUUUUUUUUUUUUUUUUUUUUUUUUGUUGCUAUUAUUAAUUUCCAUUUGAGUGAAAUUAUUUUAUUUUUGGCAAAACAAAAGCACAUUAUUCUUACUAUUCUGUUUCUGUAUUUUAAAUAUUUAUGGUCACUAUCAAGUUUUGGCAUGGUUUCCUUUUUUUGUCUACACUUAUGUAAAAAAUGUAUUAUAGUGUAAAUUCAUAUUAGAUGUUGAUCAAAUGAUUUUGGCCAUGUAACAUUUCUUUGACAAGACAGAGUAAGCAAAUAGAAUACCACUUAAGUUGUAACUUUUUUUUUUUUUUGUAUGGAUAUAACUGUAAUGACUUUUGUACCUGACUGUGAUGCUGAUUAGCAUGAUGUAAAAUCACAUUUUAUGAGAUUAAAUGUGAUAUUUGUGAGAUUAAAAUAGUGUUAUGUUGGUCAUGCCAAAUUCCAUACUAGAAUAAAAAAUGAUGCCUGGGGAUCUGGAGAAUGAGUAAAAAAGUUCUUAAAGCAUUAGAAUUUAUUUGAAUACAUAAAAAAAACUGUAAUAAAGUCCCAAAAGUAAAAGCUAUUCAUAUAAUCUUAGUUUCAUGAGGUAUUUGAAUAAACAACAAUGUAGAAUCUAAUUCAAGCCAUGUCCACACUAAUGUGUUUUCCUGUGAAAAUGCAUUGAUUUUGCUAUGUAUCUCAUCUACUCUAGAAUGGUGUUGUCCUGCACCAAAAACUGUGUUUAGAAAAUGGAAAACAGAGUUUUCAAAUUUCAAAAAUAAGUGUGGUUGUGGCAUAAGAUUUAAUCUGCAGCAUUUAAAGAAUAAAUAUAAAAGAUUUUAAGAUUAUUGUUAUAUUACAUUGCAUUAUUUUAGGAACAGGCUACAGUUGCAAUGAACUUGUUAACUAAGCAAGUUCAAAUACAUAAAUCCUUUAAAUCUCUUACAACUUUAUAAAAUGUUCUUAGAUUUUCAAAAUGUAAUUUUGAAGAAUGUUAAAGUUAAGGAAUAUGUUCUUAUAGCCCUUUUAGCCAAACUCUCUUAACAUGUCACUUGUACAGUAUAUAGAAUUUCAACAAUUCAUGCAAAUACAGGUAUGGAAUUCAUCAGUUACUUGGAUUUCAUUUCACAUUAUAUGGCAAAUUAUUAACAAACACCGUCAUUAGCUGCUUUAUUUUUUUAACGGACAAACAUUUAUUCACUUGUGACUCUCCAUUAAGCAGUUACCCAAUGCAAUGCAAAGAACUCAAAGUAUUUAUAUGGUUGUUAUCAGUAUUGCCAUCUGAAGCUUCAGUUUCUCCCUAAUAUUACUUUUUUAGCAUUUAAGGACAUUUUCAUUCAUUUACAAUCUUUUUGUAUUUGCUAUGCAACUUAAACUAUGACUCUUCUUAGCAAUAUUCAUCCCAAAUUGUGUUCUGUAAAUUGUAUUACUGUCUCGUUUCAUCAUAAAUAGUUUUACGGUAGUUGUAGUUGUUUUGAAUGGAUUGUACACAUGUUG